CCUUUCGGCGAUUGGUACGGCAUAGUAUUCCCCUCUGCCCCCUCUCCGCUGUGUUGUUCAUGACGUCCAGUCGAUCGUGAACCGUGCGGUCCCGUCGAACAGGUGUAUUGGCUUGAUAUAAAAUAAACAAGAACCUUCGUGUUAUAUAAGACGGACUUCUGAUUAACUUCACCUAUCUACUUUACCGUUUGUUUAAGACUAAUUCUACACGCUUCGCCGAUAUCAAACACAAGAUGCCUGAGCAAAGACUCGCUUCCCUCGAUAGCUCUAUCGUUAGCCGCCUCCCGGCUUACUCCCAGUCUCUCUUUGAGGCCAAGACACAAAAGGGCUUGACCUUCGAGGCCAUUGCCCAGCAGCUGGGGCGGAGUGAAGUUGCCGUUGCCGGCUUGUUCUACGGGCAAGUCCAGGCCUCAGCCGAGGAUGUCGAAAAGCUGUCCGAGUUGCUCAGUGUUCCCAAGGAAGCCCUUGCCACGCAGCUGAUGGGAUUCCCUGACCGCGGCCGGGCAGGCCCCAUGCCUCCAGUUGAGCCCUUGAUCUACCGUCUGUACGAAAUCGUCCAGAACUAUGGCUAUGCCUUCAAGGCUGUCAUGAACGAGAAGUUUGGCGACGGAAUCAUGAGCGCCAUCUGCUUCCACUCUACUGUUGACAAAGAAGUCGACGAGACUGGCGCCGCGUGGGUGGUCAUCACCCUCAAGGGAAAGUGGCUUCCCUUUACUCGCUUCUAGAUGGAAACAAGUUGGACUACCUACCUUUGUAUCUAUUGGUCUCCCUUCUUUGAAAAAACCAUGGCUCAGUCUCGCAUC